AGUGUGCGACUCCUUGUCUCUUGUCUCUGCGAGUGUGUGUGUUAGAGAGAGAGAGAGAAUUUGCAGAGGGAUUCAGAGGAGGUUGUAAAAGUUGUCCUUUAGAAUGUCGUCCCAGUUUUAGAGGGAGAAAGAGAGAAGACCCACCAACAACAACAGAUCAGAGAGAGAGAGAGAGAGAGAGAGAGAGAGAGGAAAAGGAACGAGAACGAGAACGAGGAGGAGCAAGAUAGAGAAGUGGCCGAGAAUGCCAGGGAGCUUAGAGCCAUUGGACAUAGGGAUCCAGAUCCCAUACCACUUCAGGUGUCCAAUCUCUUUAGAGCUGAUGCGCGACCCCGUCACCGUUAGCACUGGCCAAACUUACGACCGAUCCAGCAUAGAAUCAUGGGUCGCCACUGGCAACACCACCUGCCCCGUCACCCGAUCUCCUCUUUGCGACUUCACCCUCAUCCCCAACCACACCCUUCGCCGCCUCAUCCAAGACUGGUGUGUCGCUAACCGCUCCCUCGGCGUCGAACGCAUCCCUACCCCUAAACAACCCGCAGACCCAGCCCUCGUCCGCAACCUUUUAGCCCAAGCCUCCUCCGACUCCAUUCCUCCCCAGAACCGCCUCUCCGCUCUCCGCCGCCUCAGAGGCUUCGCUCGUGAUUCCGACAAGAACCGAUCCAUCAUCGCCGCUCUCAACUCCCGUGAUCUCCUCAUUUCCAUAGUUUUCUCCAACGAGUCCGAUGAUCUCACUCACGAAUCACUCGCGCUUCUGGUUAUGUUCCCGCUGGCCGAACCCGAGUGCGAAUCCGUAGCUUCACAACCUGACCGGAUCGCUUUCCUGGCUUCCCUCCUCUCCCACUCCUCCAUCGAAGUCCGAGUCAAUGCGGCGGCGCUCAUCGAGAUGGUGGUCGCGGGGACUCAGGCCGUGGAGAAUCGGAUCUUGAUUGGGAACACCGAAGGCGUACUUGAAGGAAUAACGACAAUCUUGAAACAUCCAUUGGCGUACCCGAGAGCACUCAAGGUCGGAAUAAAGGCGUUGUUCGCGUUGUGUCUGGUAAAGCAGAACCGUACCAAAGCGGUCUCGGCCGGAGCGGUCGAGGCACUCAUCGACCGGCUAGCCGAUUUCGAGAAGUGUGACGCAGAGCGAGCUCUGGCCACGGUGGAGUUGCUCUGCCGGGUUCCGGCUGGUUGCACGGCGUUCGCUUCCCACGCUCUGACGGUUCCGAUUCUGGUAAAGAUCAUACUGAAGAUCUCCGAUAGGGCGACGGAAUACGCAGCGGGUGCGCUGCUGUCCCUAUGCUCGGCGUCGGAGCAGUUACAGAGAGAUGCGGUGGCAGCAGGGGUGGUGACGCAACUGUUGCUGUUAGUACAAAGCGAUUGUACGGAGCGAGCCAAACGCAAGGCACAGAUGCUGUUAAAGCUUCUCAGAGACUCAUGGCCAGAUGAUUCUAUCACCAAUUCUGACGAUUUUGGUGCCACUGAUGUUUUUCCCUUUUGAGAUUCUGCUUCUUGAAAUUCUCUUCCCUAAGAAGUGAAAGGAGAGAAAUUGAAGUUCAGAAUAUUGGUAUAUAGACAAACAGAACAAUGAGAAUAUCUGUAUGUAAUUUUAGAUUUUGUAUGUAAGAAUUUUUGUUCAUUUUCAUUUAAAAAAAACAAGAAAAAAAAUUAAAAAAAUGAGAGAAAUCCAAAAGGAGCAAAGCAAAGUGGAAAAAAAAGAGAAGUCUGAAUUGUAUCAGUUCAUUGGCCCACUAAUGAGUGAUGAUGAGACAGAGAUGAUGAUGGUUGUCCUCCAUUA